GGAUUAGGAGUCCAGGGCCGGCAGCAGGUCAGACCCGAGUUUCUGUUGCAAACUAGGGGUAUUUUAGCGUGGUGCCCAAAGCCAGAAAUCCUCUCCGCCCCUGCACUGAAAAUCACCAAGCACACCACGUCUGUUUGCGCUUUUCAUGGAAUUCUCUGCAUUUCGCGGAAGACUCUGAUGCGCUGAUGCCUGGUAGACACCUUAGAACUUUAAAAACGGAAAAGACCUGCUUUUAGGGGAUAAUGCUGAGGGACACUAUGAAAUCUUGGAAUGAUAGCCAGUCAGAUCUCUGUAGCAGUGACCAAGAAGAGGAAGAAGAGAUGGUUUUUGGUGAAAAUGAAGAUGAUUUGGAAGAGAUGAUGGAUUUCAGUGAUCUGCCUACCUCACUUUUUGCUUGCAGUGUCCAUGAAGCAGUAUUUGAGGUGCAAGAGCAGAAGGAGAGAUUUGAAGCACUUUUCACUGUCUACGAUGACCAGGUGACGUUUCAGUUGUUUAAAAGCUUUAGAAGAGUCAGAAUAAAUUUCAGCAAACCAGAAGCAGCAGCAAGAGCACGAAUAGAACUCAACGAAACAGACUUCAAUGGAAAGAAGCUGAAGCUGUAUUUUGCACAGGUACAGAUGUCCAGUGAAACACGGGACAAGUCGUAUUUACUGCCGCCCCAGCCAGUCAAACAAUUCCUCAUCUCCCCACCUGCAUCGCCCCCGGUGGGGUGGAAGCAGGGGGAAGACGCGAUGCCUGUUAUAAACUACGACUUACUCUGUGCAGUCUCCAAACUGGGACCAGGAGAGAAAUACGAGCUCCAUGCAGGAACAGAGUCAACGCCAAGUGUGGUGGUUCAUGUCUGUGAAAGUGAAACUGAAGAGGAAGAAGAAACAAAAAACCCCAAACAGAAAAUUACCCAGACGAGGCGCCCCGAACCUCCAGCCGCAGCACUGAGUGAGCCCCAGAACUUUGAUGGGGCGCUGUGAAGCCUCUGGGGAGGGUGUGAGGCAGCUGCCCUCCUGGGCUCAGCACCAGAGGCCUGUGCUCCUCCGGUGCCCUGCUGCUCAACGUGUGUAUAGGUGAGGCUGGGGGUAUGUGAAUAGGUGAGGCAAGGUGUUGCCACUGCCCCGGCACUGGAUCACAGCAGAGAGUAGCAGCUGAUUUUACCUGUUCAAAAUUUUAACAGAUAUCCUGAACAGCACUUUAAAUGAAAGGAUUAGCCACCAACAUGUCGCAUCUCUUGACCAUUUUUAAGCAGUAGCAAAUUAGGAAAUUUGUCUGAUUCCUGGCUCCCUCCAGCAGUGUUAAUUUCCCCAAUUCCAUAUAGCAUGGGCUACCCAAAAACGAAAGCUGUAGUCAACGAGUGCAGUACCAUUUUUAUGAAUUUGAAAAUAGUCUUAAAAUUCUAAUAAUCGAAUGUGGGUAUUUUGUAAUGGUGUAAUAGCUUCCUACUAAUCUAUCUACUGAUCAAAGGUUGUUAUUCAAUACACAUGAAAUUUUUUGCACAAAAAGAGAUCUGAAAUACAGAAUAAUUCAUAGAGAGUCAUUUUUCUCAAGUAGUUCUUUUCUUUAGCCUUAGAGAGGAAAUGCCAAAUUCACUUUGAUUCCUGGAAUCAAGUGGGUUACAUUGGUGUACAUGUUACUCUCUUCCCUGUUACCCUUACUUGAGAGAGGAAGAUGAUGCACAGACCACUGUCCCGAAUGCGUCAUCCCUCCCAGGGAACUGCUACUUUGGAAGCGGGACAUACCACCAGUGAGUUUAGCUAAUCACGACCUCAGGUGGUGACCACAGUCUGCCAUCUGUGACCACGUGCUAGCCCACAGCAUAUCCAACUGUCCUCGGUCACCCGUUGAGUUUUUUAAUGUUAUACAUAUUGUGCGUGUGUCAUUCAGAGACUGUAAAUUAGAAAAGGUAAUGACAAGAUUGUCUGAAGACCAUUUUUUAAUUGUAUAGAUACUUUCCAGUUUGCUUUGAAAGAAAAGGCACACAUAAUCUUUUUCUGUGAAUCAAGGAAGGACGGGAGGAAAUCAAGAUCAUUCAGUUAGUGAGACUUUGUUUUUGGUGCAGUAUUUUAUCCUGGCUGACACUUGGCAUUUUCCCCUAAAACAGAAUUGUUUCUUACUUGUGUUUCAGAGUGGGUAGUUGAAGCUCCUAACACAGAAACGAGCAUCUUUUUAACUUUGUGUGGUCUGUGCAGAUUCUGCUGUCCCUUUACAGAAAAGUCCUGUAACUAAGAAAACUUUGCUCUGGUCAGGUGGCUCUGCUGAUCUCUGUUCUCUGAUCUCACAUCUGGAGCUCCCUGGUAUGUGCGUGAAGGGGCUGCAUACAGGAGUUUGGGUUGGUAAACCGCUGUGGCUGCCACUACACAGAGAGAAGAAUGCAGAAAUUCACACCAUGGUGUCCGCACAUUCUUGGUAGCAUGUUUAGAGGUUCUUACUAUGGUAGGAUUUAUUUCUGAGGACUUAAACCAUAUUGCCAAAAAAAAAAAAAAAAAGAAAGUUUUCUAUUUUUUUUCUGUUUUUCCUUGCCCUCAAAUACUUGAAAUGUUAAGCUCUCCUAUUUGUGUAUGUCCACCACUGUUCAGCCUCAAUAUAAAUUCAGUUGAGAUGUGUCAUUCCAUAAGCAGUUUAUUAUUUUUUUUAAGAUUUUAUUUAUUUAUUCAUGAGAGAGAGAGAGAGAGAGAGAGAGAAGCAGAGACAUAGGCAGAGGGAGAAGCAGGCUCCCUAUGGGGAGCCUGACAUGGGACUCGAUCUCAAGAUCCUGGGAUCACAACCUGAGCCAAAGGCAGACGCCCAACCACUGAGCCAACCAGGCAUUCCCCCAUAAGCAGUUUCUUAAAUUCAGAUCAUCGUUCGGCACCCAGUUAAUAAAUUUACUUUGCAUUCUAAAUUCACCAUUUAGCCAGUGUUUUAUCUGUUAUACCAACUUGUCAUUUGCAGAAUGGACCCUGUAUGUCAGGAAAUAUAUGUUUUUUCAACAGUGGGGGAUUUUAAAAUUUCCUUUUAGGUAAUAUCUGUUAGCUAUAAUUUUCUAAAUGAUCAAAAUCCAUGAUGUUUUAUUAUUUGGCUUAGCUUUCGUGGUCUUCCUUCCAAUUAAAGAAUAGUCUAUCCCAAACUCACAUAACCUGUUUCUAAAGUCAAGCAGUGCAGAUUAUCUCAAAAUUUCUUUUUCUCUGUCCUUAUUUUUUUUAGAGUAUUGAAUUGAAGAAAAGCUUAAACCAAAAUAUAUAUGUUAAAAAAUUAUGUACUAAAUACAAAAUAUUUAUUAUUUAAUAUAUACAUAUAUUAAAUUUUUCUGAAUGGAGAACAUUAAUAUUUUAAUUCUUUCUAGUAUAAUAUUUCCAUAAGUUGAACUCUAAAAGAAAAAAUUAACUUUUAAAUGUGGUGAAAUCAACCAGUAUCUCAAAUAUUAUGGUCUCUGUCCUUUUUUGACUUUUUCAUAUCCAGCUCACGUAACCAUCUUGUAAGAGAUGAGUCUCAUGUACUUUUUUAAAGUUCCUUCUAAUAAGUUUAGUUGCAUUUGUCUUUUUGGAAACUGAGUUAUUGCUUAGAUUUAACUCUGAUAGUGUAGUAGCCAUGUUCUCUUUAGAAAUCAUAAUUUCAUCUCAGGAAUCAAAUUAUUUAGAGCAUUGUGAGGAAAGAAAAUGAUGCUUUGUAUUACGGAAAAAGCAUUUGUGAAGAGUAAGAAAAUCCUAGCACUUAGUAAGGAUAGUCAACAAAACCUGCAGUGUGGCAGUGCAUUGGCUCCUACGUUCUAGGUUCUUGUGAAAUACCUACCUGAUGAAACUGGAAAUUAACCCAUUUAAAAAGUGCACUAGUGUGAGCAUCAACUAGUUGAAGGUGCUAAGAAACAGAAUCAGUAAAAUCAGUUCCCUUGUCUUGGGGACCUGAGCAUCAGGGGGAGAGCAAACUCAUCUUCUUUGUUUUGCUUCUUCGUACUUUAUACACUAAACCUAUCCACAGAUUUGAGAGCACAGGAAGUUUUAAGUUCAACAUAAAGGCUUAAAUAGAACAUGGUGUGUCCAAAUCAGAGCUGCCAGGAGACAGCAGGAACAGCACCGUCCUUCUUUGAGAAUACAGUCAUUUUGUUUCCCACUCACAGGGACUCCAUCUCUUAAUGUUAUGAUAGAAAGUGGAGAUUAGAUUUCCUCAGAAUCUCAGCCAUACUGCCCACGGUGACUCUAGAAAUGACAUAAUCCACUCCUCAUGUGACACAGAUGAGAAAACAGAGAUGAACAUCUUAUUAUGAGGACCACAGGGACUGGGUUGGCAUUCCCAAAUCCCACAGGAGGGCUUUUGCUCCUUUCUUCUUGCAUUGGCCUCUCAGAAGCAGUGAAUCCCUGUCAUAAGAAAAUAGAAAAAAAAAAAAAGGAAAAAAAUUCUAUCUCCCCUGAAAGGAUACAGUGAAUAAGGAAUAUCCAGUGAAGGCAGUGACUUAGUAACUUCAUGAAUGAAACCAAUGUUCCAUGUUUUGAUGUUUUUAUUAUCAUUGUACUGUUGGGAUUGGAAUCUACUUAAAUAAUGUUAUUUUGGUAGCCAGCAAUUGUGCUGACAUUUUAUGUGGGCUUUCCUAGAUUUUAGUAGUAAUGAGAUUAAAUUAUAUAUAGUCGUACUUGAAAUGUGAUUCUAAUGACGCAACUUGAGAUCUCAUAGGACUUGGACAUAGUUUGCAGUGCAAGGACACUGGCACUCGGCGCUCAUAAAAUGGAGCUCUGUUAAAAAUUAAAGACUCACCGAUACUUCAUGUUUUUAUAUAGACUCUUUUACAGACCACAGUUUUGUUUUUAAAAGGGAAGAUCUCAGACAUAAUUAAACAGUGGAAAAUGUAUGAAAUUCUUUGGUGCAUCAAAGUUCCUUGUCUGCUGGUAUCUCUCUUUUCUUGGGAGUUGUAUACUUUCAUACCUGUUACGCAGGUGAACUUGGUCAACCUUUCUCUCACUGUGCUCCUCUUUUACACACCUGCAUGUAUAUCCUUCUGUACAAAAGGAAACAUGUGACUUAUAAAUGUGACAAUAAAAAGGAACAAAAGAUGAGGGAAUUAGUUGCCUCCUAGCUAGGGUGGGAAGUCCAUUGUUACAGAAGCUCACUUUUUAGAAGGUUAAAUAAAUUUAAAGAAUAAGGUUUAUGGACUGUUUUCCAGAAUUUGAUAAAUGCAUUUGUUUUAUAACGUCCCCUUGAGGUGUGAGUCAGCCAGGUCAUCUUCACUGGAAUGCCAUUGUUGUCUCUAUCCAGGAAUCAGGAGGAAAUGUUAAUAAUUUGAAGAGCAUUGUUAUUAAUACCAAAUACACAGGCAACAAAGCAACAGAAAAUUGUAACAACUGCGAUGUUUUACUGACCAAAAACAUUAUAAAAAUGGUUAUGUUCAAAAUAGAAGUUUCCAGCCAAGGUUAAGAGGUACUAACAUUGAGUUGAGUCAGUGUCUCCUUCCAUGUAAACAAAAGCAUAAGGACCUUCUUUGAACUUAGGCAUGUGUGGUCUCUCUUGUAAACUGUUUCCUUUUGAAGCAAAAUCAUGUCCUACAGACUCUUGGGAGUUCCUGCAUAGCAUUGACUGAAUGUUCAUUCUUGUCAUCUGGGAGGUCUAUAUCUAUGCAGAUAAUACAUGUUUUUCUAUAUUGUUUUCUAUUUAGUCCCCAGUCUUCCUAAACCAGACUGGAGACUGAGGAGAGAUAAAGGUGGCUAAUCCUGUCACUGUGCCAUCUUCUUCCCGCUGCUUCUCAGCCCCCCGAGAUAGGGGCCCCAGAGAGGAGCCAUCUACGUUUCUGCUGUAUCAUGCAUGUCCUCCAGCUUUGACUUCUGUCUUCAUUGAACCCAGGAGGUGAAUUUAUUAUUUUAUCUGAACAUGUUGGUGAUCUUGUGUUACAUUCUGGGGGACAUUACUUUUCUGGUACUAUAAAUUGUAGGGAAUAUUCAUUGUGCUUUGAAAACCUGGUCAGUAAUUUAUAUAUAUGUAUUCUGUAUUUUCGUGUGCUUGAUGUGACAAUUCAUAGUUUAUAGUAGUUUGUUAUUGUCAACUUUGGCUAUCCUGUAUUUUUAGGACAUUUAAAUGUCCAUUGUCCACUCAAAGUGACAAAAGCAGAAUGUAAUUUUUUUGGAAUCCUUGUGAUUACUUGUAACAAGAUUGUUUUUAAAGCUAAUAAAAAUAAAGUUAGGAUUUUUUUAAAAAA